AUGGUAGCAGACCUCCUGGAGCUGGCAGCUAGAUGGGACCUUGAGGUAACUUGUCCAGGAGUGGUGCUGAAAGACAAGGAGGACAUAUAUCUAAGUAUCUGUGUGUUUGGCCAAUACAAGAAGACACAAUGUGUUCCAGCCACUUUCCCCCUGGUCUUCAAUGCCAGAAUGGUGUUUGAAAAGGUGUUCCCAGAAGCAGUAGACCCUGGAGAUGUGGUUGCACAGCUUGAGUAUGAUACAGCAGUGUUCGAGUUGAUACAGCUAGUUCCACCAGUUGGAGAAACACUGUCAACCUAUGAUGAAAACACACGAGAUUUCAUGUUCCCGGGUCCAAACCAAAUUUCUGGACACCAUGAUUCAAACCGCCAGGUUACUAUGAGGAGGAUUUCUGGACUAAGAGGAAUUGCUCCAAAGCUGGAAUUUUCUACAACUUCAGUGAUCACGGAAUGUCUGAUAAGCUCAAGGAAGUGCCGAAAUCAGGAUAAAUUUACUUACCAUUCAGCUCCAGUUGAAAAACCCCACGGCAGACUGCAAUGCAGAACAUCAAGAUCACAGAAGAAAAAGUCCAAGUCCCCUGAGAGGAGUAAAUACUGCGUCAACAACAAGAACUACGAACAGCCAACGAUAUCUUCAAAGUCGCACUCUCCUUCUCCCUACACAAAGAGGCGAAUGUGUGAGCUCUCGGAAGACACCAGGCGUCGCCUGGCCCAUUUAAACCUGGGACCCUAUGAAUUCAAAAAGGAAACAGACAAGCCUCCAUUUGUGAUUAGACAUGUCGAUCCCCCAAGUCCCAGGGCUGAUGCUUUCUUUGGAUCACCUGGCAGAGACUGUGAAAGAGAUGGAUGGGUCAGGAUGCACAGUGAUCAUCCUCACUUUGGCUGCUGCAGAUCCAAGGAUUAUAAGGUUAUCAGGACACCACAUGGGAGAGAAUUUGAGGAUCCCUUCGACAGGUGUGAAGAAUGUCUGAGCCCAAGGACAUGCAACAAGCCCCAGCAUUCUGCAAGGACCUUACUCGUCCACUCAGCACCCACAGCAGUGCCAAAGCAUUGUCCAAGCCCUGUGCUAAAUAGAGCCUCUCUCAGGGAAAGAUUCCACUCUGACUGGUGUUCACCAUCAAACUGUGAUGAGAUCCAUGACCGGGUAAAAGAUGUCUUGAAAUCACAUCAGGCUCAUGCAAGACACAUAUGUGAUGAGAGAGACCCAGAAAAAGAUGAGGAGCUGGAACUGAAAAGAGGCCUGUUAUUCAGAGACUCUGCCUACGACAGUGACCCUGAGUAUAGCUGUCAGCGGCCACGUGGCUCUGUCCAUUUGGAUGAUGGUGAAUACUGGUCCAACAGAUCAGGCUCUUUUAAGGGGAAAUCUCACCGACCCGUCUUUGAAAACAGCAUGGACAAGAUGUACAGGAACUUAUACAAAAAGGCCUGUAGCUCCGUUUCUCAUACACAGGAAAGCUUCUAA